AUGGCACCUCUCAUUCCCACACAGGCGGAGCUGGACCGCAGACGGCUCGUCAGCAUCAAUCCGGAAACCGUCUCCAAUAUCCCCUCUACCGACUUCCCCGGUCAUUGGCCUGGAGAAUCCCACGAAUGGUCAUUGGACAAGUUCCGAAAUGAUUUCAAAGUCGAGUUCCACCGGAAUGCCCCGUUCGAAGCCUCCUUCUCCCUCGUGGGCCUUGACGCAGCAAUCGCAAAUGCUUUCCGUCGGAUUCUCAUGGCGGAGGUUCCCACUCUUGCAAUCGAAUACGUUUUUGUCCACAACAACACCUCCGUCAUCCAGGAUGAGGUCCUCGCGCAGCGACUGGGUCUUAUCCCCCUCAAGGGCUCCGUAGAGGGCAUCAAUUGGAUGCGCUGGUUCAAGAAACCCACCGAUGAUGACCCCGAGAGCGGCAGCACUCCCAGCGACUACAACACUAUCGUUUUGCGACUCGAUGUCGAGUGUACCAAGAACCCCAACGCCGCCAAAGACGAAGACGAUCCCCGCAAGCUGUACAGGAACGCCCACGUCUACGCUAAGGACAUUACCUUCCACCCUGUCGGUCGCCAGGAGCAGUUCUUCACCGGCGAUGACGCCAUUCAGCCCGUUAACCCGGAUAUUCUGAUCGCUAAGCUUCGGCCCGGCCAGAAGAUCAGUAUGGAACUCCAUUGCAUCAAGGGCAUCGGAGCCGACCACGCCAAGUUCUCCCCUGUCUGCACCGCCUCCUACCGUCUCCUUCCGGAUAUCAAGAUUGAGCGUCCCAUCAUCGGCGACGAUGCGAAGAAGUUUGCUAAGUGCUUCCCGCGCGGCGUCAUCGGGCUUGAGCCCGUCACCCGUGAGGAGGCGGCGAAGAAAGGAAGCGGAUACGAGGGUCACGAAGGUGAAAUGAAGGCUGUCGUCCGUGACGCCUUCAACGACACCGUCAGCAGAGAAUGUCUGAGACACGAGGAAUUCCAGGGCAAGGUGAAGCUCGGUCGGGUACGCGACCACUUCAUCUUCAAUGUUGAGAGCUCCGGCCAGUUCAACAGCGACGUCCUCUUCCUCGAAAGCGUCAAGGUCCUGAAGCUGAAAUGUGCGCGCUGGAAGAGAGGCUUGGCUGAUCUCAUGCGGUAG